AUGUCUCAACAACAACCACCAUUGCAAAUAGUCAAUGAUAAGCAGCUAAAUACCCGCUCUAAUAAUGUCAGAACUCCAAUCAAAAAUAACAUUGGCAAAGAAAAUUAUCAUACUCAACAACAUAGUAAUAAAAGGUCAGAUCAUCAUUUAGAGCAACAUCGCCAGCCCGCUCAAAAGAAAAAGAAAGAAAAAUUAUCCUCGUUAUGUAAAACACCGCCAUCGCUAAUUAAAAUGAAAGGCAGAGAUUACCACAGAGGUCCAUUCUUAGGAGAGGGUGGUUUUGCACGUUGUUUCCAAAUGAAGGAUGAUAAUGGUAAAAUAUUUGCAGCUAAGACCGUGGCCAAGUUGUCUAUUAAGUCAGAUAAAACCAAAAGAAAAUUGUUAUCUGAAAUACAGAUCCAUAAAAGUAUGAGGCAUCCAAACAUAGUCCAAUUUAUUGAUUGCUUUGAAGAUGACGUUAACGUUUAUAUACUAUUAGAAAUAUGUCCUAAUGGGUCCUUGAUGGAUUUAUUAAAGAAAAGGAAGGUCAUUACCGAACCAGAAGCCCGUUAUUUUACGACACAAAUAGUCGGUGGUGUUAAAUAUAUGCAUAGUAGAAGAGUUAUCCACAGAGAUUUAAAAUUAGGUAAUAUCUUUUUUGAUAGCGAGUAUAAUUUGAAAAUUGGAGAUUUUGGUCUAGCAGCUGUUCUAUCGAGUGAGAGAGAACGUAAAUAUACAGUUUGCGGUACUCCAAAUUAUAUAGCACCAGAAGUUCUGACAGGGAAGCAUACCGGGCAUUCUUUUGAGGUUGAUAUAUGGUCAAUUGGUAUAAUGAUUUAUGCCAUGUUGAUAGGGAAACCUCCAUUUCAAUCCAAAGAUGUUAACAAAAUAUAUCAGAGAAUUAAGACUGGAGACUACUAUUUCCCUGAUGAUAGACCUAUUACCUCCGAAGCUGAACUUUUGAUCAAAGAUAUAUUGGCGAUUAACCCAUUGGAGAGGCCAUCUUUGAAUGAAAUAAUGGACUCGGUAUGGUUUAGAGGUUUUUUCCCAGCAGCAAUUGAAAAAGAUGUCAUGGAUAAGGUUCCGUUAUAUGAUAAGCAUUUAGAUCCAACCGAGUCGUUGAAUAAUUUUAAAAAUUGCAUGGCUAAAGCCGGAAUUCUAACACACAAUAGAGCUAGAGAGUCGCCAGUACAUUUAUCCGCAUCCGCUAGCGAAACUGGCGACAAUAUCAAUAAAUAUGACAAUAAUCUUUAUAUUCUACCACACUGCUUAUCACCAGGUGAUACUAAGACGAAAUAUAAGGAGGUUGUUGAUAUUGAAACACAACGGAGGUUGAAUUCGUUGGCAAGAGAUGCCAGAAUAAAUAAGGCUAGACAGAUUAUGAUCAGAAGUAAUUUGGUUUCAGCCUCUACUAAUCAUAUUAACUCUGAUUUAUCGCUAAGAAUAUUGGCCAGCGAGUGUCAUAUGACGUUGAACGGGUUACUAAAAUGCGAAGCUGAAAAAAAUCUGGUGCAUCUAACUUCUAGUGAUGAUUUACACGACGAAAGGUUAAAACACCCUAUUAUUGUUACCAAAUGGGUUGAUUAUUCUAAUAAACAUGGGUUUUCAUACCAACUAUCUACAGACGAUAUCGGUGUUCUUUUUAACAAUGGCUGUACGGUAUUGAGAUUGGCUGAUGCAGAAGAAUUUUGGUAUAUUAAUUCAGAUGAGAAGGACGGUUGGGUAGCUACGCAUUAUUCGUUGGCUGAUAGACAUGUGGAAUUCCAUAAACAUUUGGAAGUGGUUAAUUUUUUCUCUAAAUAUAUGAAAACCAAUUUAAGCCGGGUGUCCACCUUUAUUAGAGAACUUUACCACACCGAAGAUGUUUUUUUGAGAAGAUAUACAAGAUAUAAUCAGUAUGUCAUGUUUGAAUUGAGUGAUGGUACAUUUCAAUUUAAUUUUAAGGAUCACCAUAAGUUUGUUGUAUCAGAAAGUGGUAACCUAAUAACGUAUAUAUCGCCAGAACGAGAAAAUACAACAUAUGAAACUGUAAAAUUGUUGAAAUACGGGUCAGUUCCAAAACACCCAGAUAUUAAUAUAAAAGAAAAGGUGGAACUAAUGAAAGAAGGUUUAAAACAAAAGGCUAUGGUAGUUUCUAGGAGUCAACAGUAA